AUCCGCAACGUUUCCCGGCCAUGUCGCUGAUCUUCACCUGCAGCCUGUUGGGAGAAGAUUUGGUCCUGGCCUGCGGCAAUACCAGCGAUGUGGCCGAACACCUGGAGUUUGCCGUGCCAGCCGUGCCGGCCGUGCCGGAGCAUUCUGACUACAAAGCGUCGGAGCGACCACCGCGCCAGGAUUCGAUCUGGUUCUCCUGCGAUGAGUUUGUCGACAAGGGAAAGGCGCCCCGGGUCGAGGCCGAGGCCAAGACCGAGGAGCCCUCGGAGGUCAGCUCGGAUUCCACUGAUGUCGAGGUUGAUGCGGAGAAGGAGAUGUCACAGAUGUCCACCUUUCGAGUCGUGCCGCGAGAUGUGGAUGAACGCGUGCAAGAGCUUCACCGGCGGCUUGAAGAUGUUGUGAUGGACCCGGCGGGAUCAGGCAGUAUCGAGAAGCUGGGUGGAUAUCCUACAUGCUACUGGAGAUUCCUGAGGUCCUGCAACAACGACACGAAAGCAGCCGAAGCCAAGCUCCGCGCCACGGUGCGCUUUCGUCAACGCUUAGGUGUUGACCAGUUGCUGUGCACGGAGAAGCCAAAAGAGGUUUUUGAGAAGCUGAAGGAUGCGUGGCCGGAGGUUUGGAUUGGCACUACCAGCGACGGCAGUCCGGUUUCCUUCUUCGAUGUUGGAAAGGCUGUGCGCUUUCUUCAACUGGGUGUCCAGGAGGAAGAGCUCCGACUCUUCUGGAUGGUUUGGAUGGAACGCAGCAAUCAGCAGCAACGACAAGGUCUUGGGAAAGCAUCAGGUAGCAUUGAUCCCCAUGACAUGCCUGGGACUGUGGUGAUCUAUGAUCUCAAAGAGCUUCACUUGUCGCAGUUGACGUCCUGCCUCUCUGGGCUCCACAGCCUGAUCAAGGUUCUCGGGUUGGCGGAAAAGCACUACCCCAGCAAUCUUCGGAAGGCUGUUGUUCUGAACGCGCCGGCUGUCUUCAGCCGCAUGGUUUGGCCCUUGGUUCACAAGGUGUUGGAUGCCGAAACCUCAAAGGACGUCUUGGUCUGCGAUGCUCUGGACGAGGAUUUCUCCUCUCAACUGGGCUUUGGUGCUUCUGAGUUGGUGGAACUUUUGCGAAAGCACCAGGGGACGAGUGACGCCGAGGGGUAAAGGUUGCUGAGCUGCUUGGUCUCAAAGCGGCGAUUCGUGGACCAUGGAAGGAUAUGAAAUGG